UGAUCAUUAACAGAGUCAAGCUGAUCAAGCAGCUCCACAGUCCUGCCACAGUUGUUUCCCCCUGUAUAGUCCUUGUACUUCUAGCACUGUGGACUAACAGGAAGAUGGUUGAGGAUCUGAAGAGAAAGCCUCUAAUUGUUCUUGCUGUCAUCUUGCUGCUCAGCUUAGCACAAGCAGGGAAUACAGACAAAGUCUCAGGUCAUCUCUGCACUGACUUCCAGAGAGCAAAUUUCCUGUGGGGCAGUAAACUGAAGGUCCAGUUUCUUCUGUUCACCUCCUCCAGACCCAGCUGUGGGGAGCUGAUUUUUGCUGACGAUGGCAUCAAGAACUCCAGUUUCAAUAGCAGCCUGGAAACCAAGAUCAUAAUCCAUGGCUUCAGGGCUCUGGGUACCAAACCGUCCUGGAUUGAAGGACUUGUCCAUGCCAUACUGCACGCAAGCCAGGCAAAUGUGAUUGCAGUGGACUGGGUUUAUGGGUCUACAGGAACCUAUCCCUCUGCAGUGGAAAAUGUCACACAGCUGGCUCUCUCCAUCUCACACUUCAUCAGCAAGUUGCUGGCCCUGGGAGUCUCAGGGACAUCCAUCCACAUUAUUGGGGUGAGCCUCGGUGCACAUGUCGGGGGUCUGGUGGGGCACUUCCAUGGUGGUCAGCUGGGACGGAUAACAGGCCUGGAUCCUGCAGGCCCUAGGUACACCAGAGCCAGCCCUGAGGAACGCUUGGAUCCUGGAGAUGCCCUCUUUGUGGAAGCCAUUCAUACUGAUGCUGACAAUUUCGGGAUUCGGAUACCUGUAGGCCACAUCGAUUAUUUCGUCAAUGGAGGCAAAGAUCAGCCAGGAUGCCCCCGAUUCAUCUCUGCAGGCUACAAGUAUCUGAUCUGUGAUCACAUGAGGGCAGUACAUCUCUAUGUCAGUGCCUUAAGACAUUCCUGUCCUAUUGUGGCAUUCCCUUGCACAAGUCAUCAAGAUUUUUUAAACGGACACUGCCUGGAUUGUGUGGACCCCUUCGUGGUCUCCUGUCCUCGAAUAGGUCUGCUGGAGCAGGCAGGUGUCAACAUGAGAAAGCUGCCCAAGGAAGUGAAAGUUUAUUUAAUGACCAGUCCCUCAGCCCCAUUCUGUGUCCAUCACAGCCUGGUUGAGUUCCACUUGCAGAAGAGAAGAAAUACAGUCACAAACAUUGAGAUCACUUUCUGCAGCAACAGUACCAAGGACACUACGAAGAUCACCAUGACAGCAGUUGCAAAGAGGAGACAACUACAUCUCUGCCCAGUCAGAAGUAUGUCACAGAAUGGUUGAGGUUGGAAGAGACCUCUGGAGAGCAUCUGGUCCAACCCCCCUGCUCAAGCAGGGUAAUGUCCAGUGGCUUGACGCCCCUGCAGUAACUCAGCAAAACUCCCAGGCUCCCAUUGUAGGAGAAAAAAAUCCAGUGGGUGGGGAAACAAGACCACAUAUGUGAACAGUCAGGUCUCUCUUGAAAUCACCUCUCUCUUCCAAACCAUAUCUGAAAUAAAGGACCAGUCCCAACACGCUGUUCCCCCAGCCCUUGCAUAACUGCAGAUCUCCCCACCACAGAGAAGUUCCCCAGAAGACUUCUGCCUACACCUUCCUGCCCACUACUGCGGCUCGGGAGCCACAAUGCAGUUUUGCAGCUAGUAUACACUGCUAGCUGCUUCAGAAAAGCAGGUGGACUGUCUGCUAAGGACUCCAGCCAGCUCUCACAGGAUCACUGGGGCUCCAGCACUGGCUUCCACAUGGUCCUUACUGCUAAGACAAAAGAUUGUGGCCUGAAGCUUCGAACUAUGUUGGUUUAGUCCUCGGCACUAGGAGGUAGGGGUGAAAUGUGGGGAAGGGGAGGCCUGCUCUAGGGUGCUCUCCUACCAUUGCCAGCCGCUUCA